UUCAGCACAGGGAAGUCACUGGGGCACACCAUUGCAGAGCUGCUUUUCAAACCACCAGAAAAAUGUUAGAGGUGAUGUUUUAAAGAAGAUAAACACCCAGAGAGCUGAUCAAGAAGACAAAAAACAAAGAAGCAACAACUCUGGAGAAGGAAAGGGAUUUGUCUUAUACUUGGGAGAGCUGACUUGAAGAGGAAAAGACUUGAAUGAAUAAUCUAGACGUUACAGUACAUAUUUCUUUUGGAGAUUUGCAGAUCAACCAAUUUAAAAACUCUGCUAACCAUACAACUUGAUCAGGAUCAUGAAGCUUACUGGGACAAUCUCUAAACUAGAAUACACUCAUUGCAGCAUGGACACUGAAGUCCUAACCAACAUGAUGGUGAUACCAGUGCAGACAAAAACAACAGAUUCAACAGUGUCUGCACCCACCUCAUCACCGCCACAGCCUGAUGGAAGUAGGACUCUCUGCUCCAUAUGUGCCGACAGGGCCACCGGUAAACAUUACGGUGCGUCCAGCUGUGACGGCUGCAAGGGCUUCUUCAGAAGAAGCAUUCGCAACAACCACACUUACAAUUGUAGGUUCAACAGGCAAUGUAUUGUGGACAAAGAUAAAAGGAACCAGUGCCGUUACUGCAGACUACAAAAGUGUUUCAAAGCUGGAAUGAGAAAAGAAGCUGUUCAGAAUGAGAGAGACUGCAUCAGCAGCCACAGAGCCAAGGGACAGACAGUGGGCACUCUGUCCAUCAGUGUGCUGAUGCAAGCAGAGGCCAGUGUGCAUCAGUUUCCAGGGGUGGUCUUACCAAGAAGUCACGACAUCAACACCAAGAAGACAGCCUGUGUUGACGACGUCUUUGAGUCCAUGAAGCAGCAACUCCUCCUGCUGGUGGAAUGGGCAAAACACAUCCCUGAGUUUUGUAGUCUCCCAAUAGAUGACAGGGUAGCCCUGUUACGAACCCACUCUGCAGAACAUCUUAUCCUGGGGGCGGCAAGACGCUCUCUACCUUACAACAAUCUCAUUCUUUUGGGUAACAACUUUGUGAUCCCACUGAGAGGUGCAGAGGUAGAGGUGGCCAGAGUGGCUUUCCGAAUCCAAGAGGAGCUGGUCAAACCCCUCAGAGACCUGGACAUCACUGACAAAGAGUUUGCUUGCCUCAGAACCAUCGUCUUCUUUGCCCCAGACUGUCCAGGACUGAAGAGUUCUCAGGUGGUACGCCAUCUGCGUUUUCAGGCCCAUCUGUUGCUCGAAGAAGCAACCUGUGAGCAGCGGGGAAGGUUUGGGGAGCUGCUGUUGGUCCUACCUCCCCUGCAGAGUGUGGCCUGGCAGAUGGUGGAGACUCUCCACUUAGCACAGCUGUUAGGGGAAGCUAGAAUGGACAGCCUGCUGCUGGAGAUGCUGCUGGGAGAAGGAGCCAAAGAAGGCCAUGGACAGACUCAAGACCAGCGAAAUGUGCAUAGAGCUUCACCCACUGACUUCAUCUCAGUCACGUCUCACAUUUCCACUUCUCUUCCAAGUGGAUUUCCUGCUGCCCACACAGACUGGCACUGAGGUGUACAGACAUGGUGGUGUGUAAGUGCCCACGGGAUACCAGUGGCACAUGUCCACACCAAAAACGCUCCCCUUAAGAAGCAACAACAUAACCAAGGGCGGGAACACUCACACCUGCAACAUUCAGCACAUUGAAAACACACAAAGUCACCAAAAAACAAAAAUAAAAAAACCCUAAAAGCUA